AAAUAUAAUGUCUUGAUGACCAGAAAUACAGUUUGCUUCUACAGCUUCGAGAAAAAUUUUCGUAAUUUAUAAGGACUGCGUGCAUUAAUAACAUGGCUUACGUUAUAUUUGCUUUCAUUCUUGGGUUUUGCUUGACCUUCGUUCAAUCCACAUCUUUUGAGGAAUGCGUUGGAAUACCGCCUCCUACAGAGCUCAGGAUUGAAGGGUGCAUCAGUCCUCCUUGUGAUCUCAUUAGAGGUAGUAAUGUCACCGCAGAAUGGGAUUUCGUAGUUACUUCCAGAACAGAAGCCUUGAAGCCAAAAGUUAAAGCCUAUGUACUAGACUCGAUAACAGUUGAUUAUCCUUUAGGCCAAAAAGACGCAUGUGAAACUUUGACGAAUGCUGAGUGUCCUUUGGAUGAGAGUGAAGAGGUUACAUACGCUUUACACAUGCCAGUAUUGCCGUCUUACCCCAAAAUUAAAUUGAAAAUCGAAUUCUCCUUAAUUGGUGACGAUGGUAACGUACAAGUAUGCUUCAAAAUUGCUGCCAGAGUGGCAGAUAAAUCGAGGAUGUAAAAAUUAAAAUAUUUUUCAUCGAGAAACAAUGUCCA